AGAAAGCGAAGGCGUCGCAGAUAGUUAGGCGGGGGAGACAGAGGGGGUUUAGCGUGGCUACUUGGAUGAUUAGCAGUGUAGCAGAUCUGCGCGAUUCUCAGCGCCUCAGCUCGGGAAGGAAAGUCAGUCUCAACUCGAUGGAAAAGUGAAUGAUUUUACUCGGGGAUGUUUCUGUCGACGCAAAAAUGAGCGUCAGGACGUGAAGAGCUGUGUGACUCAUUCUUACGGACGGGGAUUGUUCACGUGCAAAUUACAAUGAGCCAGAUGGCACACUUGAAGGAAAGGACCUUGAUGCAUUAGUAGGAAAAGCAGCAGUCCCCCAGGCCAACUCGAUCGUCUCUGUUCCUCUUUCCCCAACCCUUACUGGCACCUUCAGCUCCGGUCAUGCACUCGUACCCGAGAUCCAGUGGAGACAUCCUGCGCAGAAACCCCCAGCAUGACUUCGAGCUCAUCCAGAGAGUCGGCAGUGGCACCUAUGGAGACGUGUUCAAGGCUCGUAAAAUCUCCACCGGAGAGCUAGCAGCUGUAAAGAUGAUUAAAUUGGAGCCAGGAGAUGAUUUCUCAAUCAUUCAGCAGGAAAUCUUCAUGGUGAAAGAAUGUACUCAUCACAACAUAGUGGCUUAUUUUGGCAGCUACCUCUGUCGGGAGAAGCUGUGGAUUUGUAUGGAGUAUUGUGGAGGUGGCUCACUACAGGACAUCUACCAUGUUACAGGCCCUCUAUCUGAACUUCAGAUUGCUUACGUGUGCAGGGAGACACUGCAGGGCCUGGGUUAUCUCCAUUCCAAAGGAAAAAUGCACAGAGAUAUCAAGGGAGCAAAUAUAUUGCUGGCCGACAAUGGAGAUGUCAAGCUAGCCGAUUUUGGUGUAGCAGCCAAAAUAACAGCAACCAUUGCCAAGAGGAAAUCCUUUAUUGGCACCCCCUACUGGAUGGCCCCAGAAGUGGCUGCUGUAGAGAAGAAUGGAGGUUAUAAUCAGCUGUGUGAUAUUUGGGCUGUGGGAAUAACUGCUAUUGAACUCGCGGAAUUGCAGCCCCCCAUGUUUGACCUGCACCCGAUGAGGGCUUUAUUCCUAAUGUCCAAAAGCAGCUUCCAGCCUCCCAAGUUAAAGGAUAAGAUUAAAUGGUCUUCAGUAUUUCAGAAUUUUGUUAAAGUGUCGCUGACUAAGAACCCAAAGAAGAGGCCUACAGCUGAGAAACUGCUCACGCAUGUGUUUGUAGGUCAGUCAGGUUUGAGUCGCAGAAUUGCAGUGGAGCUGCUGGAUAAGAUGAAUAACCCAGACAACCCUCCUCUAUACAUUGAUAAAGACGAGGAUGAUCUAGAGCCACCGCAUCCUCCUCACACCAUCCGUUCAGCCCCAAACAAGGAUGCUCGAGCUGGAAAAACCCGCUCUGAGAUUGACUUUGAUAAGCUGCGAUUUGAGCCUCCGCUCAAGAAGGAAACGGAAGCAAGCUCUGAAAUGGAUGUGACCAGAGAGAAUGAUUUCUCUUCUCAGUGGAGCCCAUUCGCUGAUGGAGGCAUCUCCUCCAGGAGCCUCCUGAAAAGUGUGGAGGAAGAGUUGUUCAUACGUCAUGGACACAUGACUCCACUUGAGGACGUUUUUGAGGAUGUAGAGAAAUCCACUCUGAAGCAUGUGCCUCCACCGCUUCCCCCUAAGCCAUACCCAUUUAGCUCAUCUGAUGAAGUGGGUUUGAACGAUGGCUCUUCGACAAUUAAGCGGUUCCCAGGCUCAGAUAAUGGCCUAGUCCAAGGACCACGAAGGCAGAGCACACCAGAGAGAGGCAACAGGGUUGAACAGUUGCAGCAUGACCUCACCUCUAGUGUGAGCAGCCCUGGAUCACUAUCACAAGUCCAAGAACAUGGUGAGGACUCUGAAGACACCCUUAAUGGAGACACUCCUAAAUCACCACCUGGUCGCCUACAAAAAAAGGAGAAGAAAGAUUUUCCUAAGCCAGCGAUUAAUGGCCUUCCACCCACCCCUAAAGUGCUGAUGGGUGCAUGUUUUUCAAAAGUGUUUGAUGGCUGUCCACUUAAAAUCAACUGUGCCACUUCAUGGAUUCACCCAGAAACCAAAGAUCAGUACUUGAUCUUUGGGACAGAGGAUGGCAUCUAUACAUUGAACUUGAAUGAGUUACAUGAGGCCACCAUGGAGCAGUUGUUCCCACGGAGAUGCACAUGGCUCUACAUCAUAAAUAAUAACCUCAUGUCAUUAUCAGAAGGGAAAACCUUCCAGCUUUAUUCUCAUAAUCUGAUUGGCCUGUUUGAGCAGCUCAAAAAACCUGGACUUGCUGCACAGUUCCAAACACACAGGUUUCCUGAGAGAAUACUGCCCAGGAGGUUUGCCCUGACCACCAAAAUCCCUGAUACAAAGGGCUGUCACAAGUGCUGCAUCGUGCGUAAUCCAUACACCGGUUAUAAGUACCUGUGUGGAGCGCUGCAGUAUGGCAUUGUUCUGUUACAGUGGUACGAGCCCAUGCAGAGGUUUAUGCUUAUAAAGCACUUUGAUUUCCCGUUGCCGAAUCCUCUGCAUGUGUUUGAGAUGUUGGUAGUGCCGGAGCAGGAGUACCCCCUUGUGUGUGUAGCUGUCAGUCAAGGCACGGAGCCAGGCCAGGUUGUUCGUUUUGAAACCAUCAACCUCAACUCCUGUUCUUCCUGGUUUACUGAGAUCGGCUCAGGUACCUGUCACUCCCACACAAACCUACAUGUUGAUGCAAUUCACGUUACACAGUUGGAGAGAGACACAGUGCUUGUGUGUCUCGACAAAAAUCUGAAGAUAGUGAACCUGCAAGGAAAGCUCAAAUCUAAUAAGAAACUGUCUUCUGAACUCAGCUUUGACUUCUGUAUCGGCUCAGUGGUAUGUCUGCAGGACAGUGUUUUGGCUUUCUGGAAACACGGCAUGCAGGGGAAGAGCUUCAAAUCUAAUGAGGUAACACAGGAGAUUUGUGACCCGAGCAGAGUGUUCCGACUACUUGGAUCGGACAGGGUGGUGGUUUUGGAGAGCAGGCCCACUGAUAACCCGACGGCUCUCAGCAACCUUUACAUCCUGGCAGGCCAUGAGAACAGUUACUAGGCUGAUUCCUGCUGAUACGGCUCCCUCACCUAGUCACUGCUCUGGCAUUGUGGAUUCAGAGCUGUCUGGCAGUGAACUCUUUCUCUCUCAGUAUGCUGCUUUUUGAAGCAAUGGCUUGAAGACAGAAAAGUGAGCCAGAGGCUUCAGAUGGUGCCUUAAUUACCUUAAUGGACCUUCAAGCUGGUCUACUCUGUGCAUCUUUCUGUCACCAGCUAAUGGCUCAUUUUAGAAUCAGAUCAAAAGUGGCAGCAUGAUUCCAGCAAAUGUAUUUAACAUCUGAAAUGUCUGAAGAAAUAUUAACCAAACAGCAAGACUGCUUUAAAAGUGCCUUUUAAAGGGAACCGUCAGGCCUGCUUUAUAAAUUCUUUGAGAAACAGGCUGUCCUGUGUGACUUAAUCAGUAUGCAACUAACAUAUCUUCAAACCAGACUUUAAAAUUAAGAUCACCUUUUGGGAGUAUUUAGCAGGCUUGGAGUAAGCAAGAAAUCGAACAAAGGACAUAUUGCCGUUGGCUAUUUAAAGUGUAAAUUAUUGAGCUGUGGUCAUGUGAUGUAGUUUAAAUGCAGUGUUUUUCGAGAGCACACCUGCAAAUGCUCGCUUCCUUAACAGAGCAGGACUCCGUACAGCUGCAUCUUUAUUUUACUGCUUUGUAAUUAAAUAAUAAUACUCUCCUGCUUGGUUACAUUUUAGAACAGUUAUGAUGUAAAAUGGUAUUCUUUUAAUUGUAGCUUUUAUUCAAUAUUUGCACCAUGUAAGCACUUUUGUACAUUAAUGUUUUUUGUAUUUAAGAAUGACAAAAUAUGGGAGAUGCUAGGUUUUUAUGACUUGCGGAGUAUUUCCAUGGCUUCAGUUCUAAUGUAUGCUUUUUUUUGUAAUAAAAAAAAAAAAGUUUUAACAAA